UGGUGAUGGUGAUCUUCAAAAUGAAGCCUCUGGAAAAUUUUAGGUUCUCCAUAGGAACUACAAAAAUUGAAGGAAAGAAAAUUUUCAAAAGGAAAUUGUUUUGAAAGUAUGUUUACAACUAACUGAUACUGUUGACAGGUUUUUUUCUUUUUUCUUUUUUAAAUAAUAAAACACUUUAAGAAGAUUGUAUUUAUGGUAAAAGGAAACUGGACUAACAAUGAGGCCAAAGACGUUUCCUGCCACAACGUAUUCUGGAAAUAGCCGCCAGCGCCUGCAGGAGAUCCGAGAGGGCUUGAAGCAGCCGUCCAAGUCUUCCGCUCAGGGGCUGCCUGUGGGACCAAACAAUGACACUUCCCUGGCCGCCAAAGUCCUGGGGGGCAAGGACGCUGCCCGGCAGCAGCAGCAGAUGAGAGCCACCCCGAAGUUCGGGCCAUAUCAGAAAGCUCUGCGGGAAAUCAGAUACUCCCUGCUGCCAUUUGCUAAUGAGUCAGGCACGUCGUCGUGGGCAGCUGCAGAAGUGAACCGGCAGAUGCUGCAGGAGCUGGUGGACGCAGGCUGUGGCCAGGAGAUGGCCGGCCGGGCUCUCAAGCAGACCGGUAGCCGGAGCAUCGAGGCUGCCCUGGAGUACAUCAGCAAGAUGGGCUACCUGGACCCAAGGAACGAGCAGAUUGUUCGAGUCAUUAAGCAGACCUCCCCAGGAAAGGGAAUCGCACCGGCCCCCGGGCCGCGGAGGCCGAGCUUCGAAGGAACAGGCGACCCUUUCCCCGCCUACCACCAGAUGGGCGGGGCGGCCUACGAGGGUGGCGGCCUGGAGGAGGUGCCACGUCAGUAUGUGGACUUCCUCUUCGCGGGGAGCACCCACGGUGUACCGGGCUCCCAUCAGCACCAGCCCAAAGCCUAUGCAGCAAAUGUGGAGUCGGCAGGUGUGAACUUUUCGGCGGCUGGGCCUGGGGGCCAGGCGCUCCCCCUGCAGGGCCCACACUACAGGCCGCACCUGCUGGUGCCUGGAGAGCCACUGGGCUACGGCAUCCAGCGCAGCCCCUCCUUCCAGAACAAGGAGGCAGGGGCAUACGUGAGCCUGGCUGCCCAGGGCACCGCCUCACAGCCGGGUGCCGUGCACGCGUUUCCGCCCGCUGGGGCCACGGCCGUGCUGUACGGGCCCCACCCGCACCACAAGCCGGCACACGUGGCAGGUGCCCGUGGCCCCGUGUUCGCCAGCGACAGUCCCCCGCAGGGUCUGCGGGCACCCUCCAGGAGCAGCCUCAACAUGGACCUGUAUGAGCUAAGCGGCGCCCCCGUCCAGCAGUGGCCGGCGUCCACGCUAUCGCGCCGUGACUCGCUGCAGAAGCCGGGCCUGGAGGCGCCGGCCCGCCAGCACGUGGCCUUCCUACCCGAGGGCCCCGUCCCCAGCAGGACCAGCUCCUUCAACAGCCACCAGCAGCCAGCGGCCGUGCCUAUCCGGGCCAGUGCUCCAGGCAAGGCAGAGCCGUCCCUGCCCUCCCCCAAUACCAUCACUGCCGUGACCGCCGCACACAUCCUGCACCCGGUGAAGAGCGUGCGUGUGAUGCGGCCCGAGCCACAGACCGCUGUGGGGCCCUCUCACCCGGCCUGGGUGCCGGCACCCGCGCCGGUUGUGGACGGUAUGGACCCGAAGGAGGAGCACCCUCUGUCCCUGGGGGGUGCCGGCGCCUACCCGCUGGACGCAGAGUUCGGCGGCCCGGACCUGCGGUGCCCGCCCCCGCCCUACCCCCGGCACCUGCUGCCCCCGAGCAAGUCAGAGCCAUACGACGUGGACAGCUUGUGUGUGGGCGUGGAGCAGGGCCUGCGGGGCGCGGCUGCAGAGCCCAUGGAUGGGGGCAGCAAGAGCCAUAAGAGCGCCAAAGGGGAGAAGGUGGGUAAGGAUAAAAAGCAGAUCCAGACCUCCCCUGUUCCCGUUCGGAGAAACAGCAGGGAUGAAGAGAAGAGGGAAUCCCGUAUCAAGAGCUACUCCCCAUAUGCAUUUAAGUUCUUCAUGGAGCAGCAUGUGGAGAAUGUCAUCAAAACCUACCAGCAGAAGGUCAACCGGAGGCUGCAGCUGGAACAGGAAAUGGCGAAGGCUGGACUCUGCGAAGCUGAACAGGAACAGAUGAGGAAGAUCCUCUACCAGAAGGAAUCUAAUUACAACAGGCUGAAGAGGGCCAAAAUGGAUAAGUCCAUGUUUGUGAAAAUCAAAACCCUGGGCAUUGGCGCCUUUGGAGAAGUGUGCCUUGCCUGUAAGGUGGACACUCACGCCCUCUAUGCCAUGAAGACCCUGAGGAAGAAGGACGUCCUGAACCGGAACCAGGUGGCCCAUGUCAAGGCUGAGAGGGACAUCCUGGCUGAGGCUGACAAUGAGUGGGUGGUUAAACUCUACUAUUCCUUCCAAGACAAGGACAGCCUGUACUUUGUGAUGGACUACAUCCCAGGGGGGGACAUGAUGAGCCUGCUGAUCCGGAUGGAGGUCUUCCCCGAGCACCUGGCCAGGUUCUACAUUGCAGAGCUGACUCUGGCCAUUGAGAGCGUCCACAAGAUGGGCUUCAUCCACCGAGACAUCAAGCCAGACAACAUUUUGAUCGAUCUUGAUGGUCACAUCAAACUGACGGAUUUUGGCCUCUGCACUGGGUUCAGGUGGACUCACAAUUCGAAAUACUACCAGAAAGGAAGCCACGUCAGGCAGGACAGCAUGGAGCCCAGCGACCUCUGGGAUGACGUGUCUAACUGUCGGUGUGGAGACAGGCUGAAGACACUGGAGCAGAGGGCCAGGAAGCAGCACCACAGGUGUCUGGCCCACUCGCUGGUCGGGACCCCCAACUACAUCGCACCAGAAGUGCUCCUCCGCAAAGGGUACACACAGCUCUGUGACUGGUGGAGUGUCGGCGUGAUUCUCUUCGAGAUGCUGGUGGGGCAGCCCCCCUUCCUGGCCCCGACUCCCACAGAAACCCAGCUGAAGGUGAUAAACUGGGAGAACACGCUCCACAUUCCGGCCCAAGUCAAGCUGAGCCCCGAAGCCCGGGACCUCAUCACCAAACUCUGCUGCGCUGCUGACCAGCGGCUGGGGCGCAGCGGGGCCGAUGACCUGAAGGCCCACCCAUUCUUCGGGGCCAUUGACUUCUCGAGCGACAUCCGGAAGCAGCCGGCCCCCUACGUCCCCAAGAUCAGCCACCCCAUGGACACCUCCAAUUUCGACCCCGUAGAUGAAGAGAGCCCUUGGAGCGAUGCCAGUGAAGAUAGCACUAAGGCCUGGGACACGCUCACCUCUCCCAAUAACAAGCACCCUGAGCACGCGUUCUACGAGUUCACUUUCCGAAGGUUCUUCGAUGAUAACGGCUAUCCCUUUAGGUGCCCAAAGCCUCCAGGAGCAGAUGCGCCCCAGGCCGCGGACUCCGACCUGGAGGACUCUGAUGUGGUGGAUCAGACUGAAGGCUGCCAGCCAGUGUACGUGUAGACAGUGACUCCACCUCCCUGACACCCUGCCCCUCGGAGGUCUGGGCUGCCCACAGCCAGGGUCAGCUCCGUUCAAGUUAGUCCGUUGAUUAUACUUCAGUGGAAGUUCUGGUCUUUGUCAAAACCCCCAAAAGAAACAAAAAAGUUUUUUACAAAAGGACUCAAGUCUAACAGAUGGGGGUGUUAUGUUAUGUUAUGAGGGGGUUGGGGGAGGGUUCAGCGUUGCUUUGAAUUGGCUUUUGAGGGCCUUCACUGCAUUAAAACAAUAUUUUUAAAAACUUAGUACAGUUUAGAAAGAGCACUUAUUUUGUUUAUAGCCAUUUUCUUACUAAAUUAUAGGGAUUAACUUUGACAAAUCAUGCUGCUGUUAUUUUCUACAUUUGUAUUUUAUCCAUAGCACUUAUCCACAUCUAGGAAAAGACAGAAAAACUGAAGAACAUGUGAUAAGAAAUCUCUGUGCAAUAAUGUGUUUUAAAAAAAAAGAUAACACUGUUCUGAUAUUACUGAUACCAUUUUAUUCACACAAUGGUUUUUGUUUUAUAUUUUUUCCCACAUUUAAAAAUUGUGAUAUAAUGUUAAAGCUGCUUUUUUUUUUUUUUGCUUUUUGCAUAUUAUAGUAUAAUAGAAAGUGUGAGCAAGGUGAUUACGUGGGUGUGAUUUCAGAUGUCUGGUGUGUGGAGAGUACUGCAUGAGUAGGGUUUUUCUAUUAUAAAAUUACCAUAUCUUGCCAUUCACAGCAGGUUCUGUGAAUUUGUUUUUCCUGAGUAUCUUUAAAUGAGAUGUUCUAGACAGUGUGCUGAUAACAUGUCGUGUGGGUGACUUCUUUGCCACGUUUGUGUCCCUUACUGUUUGUUACAGAAAUGCCGAUGUGUAACUGAGAAGUGAUUUAUGUGUGUGUGUGUCUUGGGUAUGAUUGAUUCUUUGAGGGGUAAACUUCAACAUUUGUCAUGUACUAAACUCAUAUACAUCAAAAGGGAUUAAUUGAGCUAUGCCAAACAUUUUAAGUUGGUCAGGGGACUCUGUCCAUUCGCUGGUCACUCUCACUGGCGUCACUGACCCGUGGGUCCCAGUGGCUACUGCCUACCGUCAGCAGACUGCCCACACCGGAAGGUUUCAUGACAUCAUUCCUGCUGUGCUCUCAGCUGAGGUGUGGUUACCAGGAUGAAAUUGAGUUCUUCCACAUUUUUUCUUUUUGGUGUGCUUUGAAGUAUCAAACCUAACUGGGUUCUAAAAAUACAUUUUUCUAAUCUUUGUGAAACAGCAAGGAUUAUUCAAAGUGAUAUUGGAAUAAAAAAAUAAUUAAGCCAUAUAUAUUUUCUUAGAAGCGUAGAUGUAUAUAUAACUGCAUAAACACAAAAUAUUCCUUAUUUCAAAUUAGUAUGAUUCCUAUUUAAAGUGAUUUAUAUAUGAGUAAAAAGUUCAAUUCUUUUUUGCUUUUUAAAAACCUGAUGCAUCAUAUUUUUCAUAAUAUUUUUCCACAUACUUCUUGAAGUUUUUAGCGUAACGUAUCCAUUAUUUAGCGUAUAUCUAGGCAACAACACUUAUAAGUUUAUCAGUGUCUAAGCAAAACCAAAACUGUGUGCUGGUUUACAUUUGUGUGAAUGACCAAUCCUGAAGCGUGCUGGGUUUGUGCUGGGACUGUCAGUAUUUCCGCUGUUGCAUAGGAACGCCCCGUGGUCUCCAGCGCUGACAUCCUUUCGUGUGGUAGGUUCUGUCUCAGGAACUCAGUGUAACUAUUAUUUAUUGAUGUAUCAUUGCCUUUGAAAAGCUUUUACUGGCACAGUUUAUUAUUAAAAGUUUGAAUCCAAA